GAGAUAUACGACCCUAGAUUGUAUAUCGAUCCUGGCCCAAGGGAUCGAAGGUAUUUAACCGGGCAAGAUCAACAUCACUCUCGUUCAAUUUGGAACAAUAAUCCGGAAUCACUUAUUCCCAUCAGUCAUCGAGGUACAUGUCGAUUGCCCCGUUGGCAUCCUCGACUGCAUCCCUAUCUAGAGAGGGCGGGAUUGCACAAUUUGAGGCACUUUAUG